AUGUUUUCACUCAUUUUCAUAUACGAGGUGCAGGUUGAUCGAUUCAUUUGCUUAUCUGAUCAUCGAAUGAGGAAUUCAUUUCACUUCUUUCUGGUAGUUGCCUUUCUUUCUUUUCUUUUCUUUCUUUAUUUCUUUCUUUCUUUUUACUUUCUUUCUUUAUUUCUUUCUUUCUUUCUUUAUUUAUUUAUUCAUUUUCUUCCUUCCUCCUUUCCUGAGUCCCAUUUUUCUUCCUUUCUUUCUUUUUGUUACGUUUCUUUCUUUCUUUCUUUCUUUCUUUCUUUCUUUCUUUACUUCUUUCUUACUUUCUUUCUUUACAUCCUUCCUUCCUCCAUUAUAGUGGUCCAUUUCUUUCUUUCUUUCUUUCUUUCUUUCUUUCUUUCUUUCUUUCUUUUGUACUUUCUUUCUUUCUUCAUCAUUUCUAGAGCCCCUUUCUUUCUUUCUUUCUUUCUUUCUUUCUUUCUUUCUUUAUUUUCUUCCUUCCUCCUUUCCUAUGUUCUUUCUCUUUCUUUUAUUCAUUCGUUCAUGUUCCCUUUCUUUCUUUCUUUCUUUCCUUUCUUUCUUACUUUCUUUCUCUACAUCCUUCCUUCCUCCAUUAUAGUGUUCCGUUUCUUUCCUUUUUUCUUUCCUUCUUUCUUUCUUUUGUACUUUCUUUUUUUCUUCAUCAUUUCUAGAGCCCCUUUCUUUCUUUCUUUCUUUCUUUCUUCUUUAUUUUCUUCCUUCCUCCUUUCCUUGUUCUUUCUCUUUCUUUCAUUCAUUCGUUCAGUUGGAAAUUUUAUUUAUUUAUUUUUACUUUCUUUUUUCUUUACUUUCUGCCUUCUUCCUAUCCAGAGUCGCCUUUCUUUCUUUCUUUCUUUCUUUCUUUCUUUCUUUCUUUCUUUCUCCAUUCAUUUUCUUCCUUCCUCCUUUCCUGAGUCCCAUUUUUUUUCUCACUUUCUUUCUUUUGUACUUUCUUUCUUUACUUUUUCCUUAUUCCUUUACAGAGUUCCCUUUCUUUCUUUCUUUCUUUCUUUCUUUCUUUCUUUCUUUCUUUCUUUCUUUCUCCAUUCCAGAGUUCCGUUUCUUUCUUUCUUUCUUUCUUUCUUUCUUUCUUUCUUUUGUACUUUCUUUCUUUCUUCACCAUUUCUAGAGCUCCUUUCUUUCUUUCUUUCUUUCUUUCUUUCUUUCUUUCUUUCUUUCUUUCUUUUUUCUCCCUUCCUCCUUUCCUAA